ACGGAGUUCUUGGUAUUUCAAAAAUAAUCAGGAUUAUACUUAAAUCAAGUGACAAUUUGUCAAUCUUGCCACCAAGUUGGAAUUUUUAAAGAAUUUAUCUUGACUAUCUUGUUGUGAUGCAUGUCAGCCCAGCUCUUCUCUCUUGUUGUAAUGCGUACAAUUCUGAUGUAAACAAGGGUGCCUGCCUUGGUUUUUUUGCACCAUGUCUUGUGGCUAGGUGAUCAGAUUUGGUUUGUGCACAUGUAAAGGUGAAUAUGCCUCCUCAGUCCAAGGUCCUGUCAUAAAAAUCAGUCAUUAUAGUGUUUCUUCCAGAAAUUUGAAGAGAAGGGAUUUUGGAAAUAAGUAAAGAAAAGAGCAGGAAUAACUGAGAAAAAAGGCAGGGCUACCACCCCUCUUACAUUGUAUAAUAGAACAUGCAUUAGCUGUUCGGAAAAAAGGCAGGGAGCACCAUUAGAGGAGCAAGGUACCGGGCCCUUCUAUCUUCAUCUAGCAUGUCUAGAAGAAACACUGAAUCAUUGCUUCAUCCAUUGUCAUCUACACAUGUACUUCCAUUGCCAUUGGGUUGUGGUGCCACACUGUAAAGCUCUGAGACAGAGAGAGCUUUCACGACACUGUUUCACUUUCAGGCAGUAUACAAAUACAUGUACUUUGAAUUGAAACCUUGAGCACCUUUAGAUACUUUGAAUUGAAACCCGAGCGUUUUCAUGGUCAGCCAUGUAGGAGUGCAGAACAAUGAUUUGUCGUAUCAAAUGCUGUCAUUGUCAUUUCAUGCAUUGGGCUUGCUUUCUUUUAUCUGUCUGUCCAGCAUGGCAGGUGAUGAUGUCACAUUUUAAGCAAAUCCAUAGGUAAAGCUAGAUCUCGGACAUCUGGUGCAUGCCGCUCAUGGAGACCAUGCAUUUUGGUUGCUUGGCUUAACUGCUUCUCACUUGGCUGUGCUUGUGGAAGUUUCACCACAACUCCAGAGUUACAUAUACUCAGCCAAUGGGUUUUCCAGCAGUAUGAACCUAUGCUAGCUUCUAAUUUUACAGUUUUUUAAAAAUGAACUGUGAUUGUUCAGCACCUGAAUGAGACCUGUACUUUUUCAUUCAUUCUGCAUCUAAGUAUGUACAUCAUACAUGUAUGGGAAAAAGGGAAGAAUAAGAACAAAGUAAUGUUAGUUGCAAAUUGGUUAGUUUGUGCACCUUGACCUUGUCUUUUAUCAUGUUGACACACCCAACCCAACGCUGCUAUUGGUUGAUUGCUCAUAAUCACAUUCACUGUCGGCGAAUAUUUGAAUUGGUGACUCAUGUCUGUGUGUGGGAGUCAACUGCUAGCCCAAGUAUGGUGAUUGAGCUUGCUACUAGCGUGAUGCUGGUAUCGCUAGCUGUAACAUGUGGCUGUGUUUAUACAUGUAUGUCACACAUUUGUGGCAUAUAAUUGAGCUGGUGUCUGACUGUUGCUCAGAAUGAUCAUCUUCGUCAACUCAUUAGUUACUGCUGAGCGGCUGUGGAUUAUUGAAUAUUUUGGUCAUCUUGAUUGAUCUGUGGGAACGAGUAAUCUUUCUUCUAUCACAUUGGUAAUAUGGCAACUGAGCGGAUAAUGGAUUAUACUUUAUAGUGUGGCUAUAACAUUCUUAGCAAUUGGAUAUCAUCCCAGACAUUCCUCAUGGCAUGAGGAUUCAAGUGUGGUCUCGGUUGUUGAGACACUGUCCGGUUUUCUCUGCCCCCUCUCAUUUUCCUCAUCCUGUCAGGGGAUGUCUUCAAUCCACUCUUUCCCUUAGUUUGUCUGGUAUGUCCAGUUACCACCUGUCGACCAGUCUGCCUGUAUGGCCUAUUGGCAACACCCUAAAUCUUUGAUGACGAAAUGCUGCCUGAAUUUACCAAUUCUUUGUGAACAUGGUGUUAAUAGAUUCAGUGUUUUAUUCUGUAUUCUGUAUCAGACCCCAGACUUACAUGUAGCUGCUACGGUUAUUCAUGUGAAGAUGCUAUUAGCGGCUUUAUUAGCACUAAAGCAGUUUGCUUGUCCAGAAUAUCAAUAAUGAUAGUCUCUGGGGAGAGUGCCGGCAUUGUGCUUUAUCAGCCUGUCGUGGUUUAUCAUCAAAAAAGAACAUCACCAGCGAUCAUAUAUAUGCGUUCUGUGGGAUGAGCAUGACAGAGCUUGCAUCUUUGAGUUCCUGGGAUAGUUGAGAAUGAUCUGUCUGUGGUAUUGUAGAGGGAGGGAGUGGCACGAAAGUUAAUUCUCCCAACAUCUCUGGGACAUUCUGCUGCAACCAGAGAUAAAGCAAGAGAGGGGGGUAAUCCGGUAUUGGUCCUGUCGUCCUGAUUCACAAUAGGCAAUUCUUGCCAAAAUCCGGACACAAUCCACUGCUUGUCACAAAUUCUGCUGAACUCAUGGUGGUUAUCCCUUAUUCCUGCUCCGGACACAAUCCACUGCUUGUCCCAAAUUUUCCUGAAGUUGUGGUGGUUAUCCUUUAAUCCUGCUCUCAGUUUUCUGCCUAUCCCAUUUCCUUCUCAGAUAAGCUACCACCAAUGCCCGAGACCUCAAAGUAAUGUUUUAUUCAAAUUGUUGAUCUUGGUCAGAGUCAGAUGCAAUAUCUGGUCCAUUGUUUACCAUCUGUGAUUGAUGCUGUAUCAACAGCCAUCAGAUAUUGUCUUGUGGUUUUAUGUUGAACAAUGAUAACACAUCUGAUUUGUUUUCAAGAGGGUUUACAGUGGAACUUAGGUCACAUGCCUGUUGUGCGAUGAAACUUGGGGGUCAUACUUCAACUCAGAUGCACAUACUCCUUUGAAAAACAACCUUGGAGGGCUAUAAUAAUGCUCGAUGAAGUAACAAUGGGGUAGUGAUUUUCGCCGACAACACUGUAGAGUAGAUCAAUAAAAAGAUACCUUGACUGUCAAAAUGAACUGCACAGUUGACGAGACUGCCAGUACGGAGGGGCUUCUGACCCCGAUUGAGGAAUACACGACCCUUCUAAGCGACACUAACUUUGCUGAACAUAAACGCUUCCGAAGUGCGAGGGGAGACCAAUAUGGAGUCCUUAUUCUGGAGCUGAAUGAUCGAUCAACACGAGGCAACAAUGCUAACGCUAACGCCACCGGUGAGCGGGCGAGUACGGGCGGGAGUGAGUCAGAUGAUGAGUCUGAGGACACGCUGUUAUACGGUGCAAAACAUGUCAUCAUGCUCUUCGUCCCCGUCACAUUGUGUAUGCUGGUUGUCGUGACAACGAUAAGCUCAGUGACAUUCUACACUACAAAUGGCGGCUACUACCUCGUUUACACACCAUUCCAUGAAGACACGGACGACAUUGGUACCAAAGCGUGGAUGUCUAUCGCAAAUGCCAUGAUCUUAUUGGGAGCUAUUGUCGUCAUGACAAUAUUUCUCAUCCUUUUGUACAAAUACAGGUGCUACAAGUUCAUCCACGGUUGGUUGAUUGUCUCCUCCCUGAUGCUGUUGUUCCUCUUCUCUUAUAUCUACCUGGGGGAAGUUCUUCGAGCGUAUAACGUACCCAUGGAUUACAUCACCCUGACACUCUUGAUGUGGAACUUUGGAAUUGUCGGCAUGAUUUGUAUCCACUGGAAGGGACCCCUCAUGCUGCAGCAAGCAUAUCUGAUCAUGGUCAGCGCCCUUAUGGCACUUAUCUUCAUCAAGUAUCUCCCUGACUGGACCACAUGGGUUGUAUUGGCCAUUAUCUCUAUUUGGGAUCUGGUGGCUGUUCUUUGUCCCAAGGGUCCAUUGAGGAUGCUGGUCGAGACAGCGCAGGAGAGGAACGAACCCAUCUUUCCAGCUUUGAUCUAUUCUUCCACUGUCCUCUACAGCAUAACAAUGGCUGACAGCGAUGACAGUAAGAAAAAGAAGAAGAAGAAGAACAAAAAGAAGAAUAAGAAGCAAGGAGAAGGAAGUAAUGAUGCUCUGACCCCUGUAGAUACCCCAGAUGAAGCACAAGGCUCAGUCAAUCCUGAUCACCUGCAGAACGACUCGAUGGAUGAUGGUGGCUUCAAUGAUUGGCAGGGAGGAGACGGCGCGAACAGCCGCGAUAUUACCCGCAGCAUCGACUCGGUGCGAGGGAGGUCGGCCAUAGCGGCUCUUGGCGAUACGAGCACAGCGUCACGGUCGUCAUCCAAUGAUCAGGAGAUUGAAGUGGGAAACACGAUGUCAAGUCAGACGACGAGUCAGAGUGCACCUGAGGAGCAGGAAGAGAGGGGUGUAAAACUUGGCCUGGGAGAUUUCAUUUUCUACAGUGUUCUUGUUGGCAAAGCCUCAUCAUAUGGAGAUUGGAAUACAACAAUAGCUUGCUUCGUAGCCAUUUUGAUUGGUCUUUGUUUCACGCUAUUACUGCUGGCAAUUUUUAGGAAGGCGCUCCCAGCCCUGCCGAUAUCCAUCACGUUUGGACUCAUAUUCAACUUUGCCACCAGCCAAUUAGUAGCCCCCUUUGCUGACAGUCUUGCUGCUAAACAGAUCUAUGUUUAGUGAAAGAGAUAUCUGCUCAACAAAGCUAUGUUUAGGGAAGUUGAUAUCGGGGUCAGUGUGACCUGGAGCAGUUUUGUAACAAAAUAUUUUGAAAAUUUCAUCUGGGAGUGCUGAAAGAUUUCAUUUAAAGUAGGGUUCAAAAUGUGGUAUGGAACACUGACCAUUUAAAUUGUAUCAGCGAUCUUUUAUACCUGCAUAUUGUAAUAAACUGUAAAAAGCCUGAAAAAAAUAUAGUUGCGGAUCCAGUAACCCUCUGAAACAGUUCUUAGCACAAAGCCCAUUUUCUUGUAUCGUGCAUGAUUGUAAAAAAGUUUGAUGAAGAUAUUUGGUUUUGACCGUGAAAAGUACUGAAAUUAAGCAAAACAUUUAAAUAAAAUGAGGAUUUUACAUGUAAAACAUGUAAGCAGACCCCUCGGUUUGUUAUGUUGAUGCAAUGUUUUCUAUACCUGUACUAACAAUAUACGUAACAUUCAUUCAGGGACAUCUGUAUGCUAUGGUGAUUGAAUUAUAAGAUGCCAUUUCUGUUCACAGGCAUUUGAGUGUGCGUCUUCAUGCACCUGUGUUGUCUAUCACAGGCAUUGGGAGUGAGAAGUUAUCUUUGUGCACCUGUGUAUAAGUAAACAGUGUUGUGAUUCGAAUUAAUAUGCCUGUUGCGGGCUCACCAGAAAUUAGGACAGGCUUAGAGGGUUUCAAGACAUUUCGUUUGGUUGCAUUUGCCCCUCAAUUUCACUGGCCACAAAGGUUUCAGCAAGUCUAUUGUGCGUUUCCAUUAGGCCUGUUGCUGUUACAUUAGUGCCAGGGGAAGCAUGGUGUGCAUAAUCGAAUAUGUUUCUAAUCUGGUCGAAAAUGAACGACAAAUCAAAUUGUAUUAGUUUUUCAACUUGCCAUGUUGAGCAUAGAGAGGGGACUGGGGGUAUCCUGGUAACAAUUUUUGGACAAUUUAUUCGUCGACCUUGGCAUCUGAAUAACUCUUUAUACAGCAUUCCAGAUUGAUAUUUCAUGCGAUUAUUCCAGCUGUUGUAAAAGACGUCAAAGUGUAACACAUGAAAAUCAUGUUAUCCAUGUACUGGUAUAUUGAACAAAAUAAUAAAGCAUUUCUAUAGAAAAAUGAACAAA